AUGUUUUCUCUAUCAAAAACUAGAAGUGAACAAAGUUUAGAAACUGUUAGUGAAAAUUCCAUAUUAUCCUAUGAUCAUGGUGAUAACUUUUAUGAUAUUAAAACACCAUUGAAUAAUUGUUUGUCAACUAUAAAUCAACAUCAUCAACGAACAUCUAUCUUCUAUAAUAAUAUAUUUUCAAAACAAAACUCAUCCACAAAAAUAAAUUCAAUUAAUUCUUAUUCAUCAAAUAUUUUAAAACAUUUGAAUGCUCUAAAAAAUUUACAAAUUAUUUAUAAUCAAUUAGAAGGAAAAUAUUUAAAUGAUGUAAAUAAUUUAGAAUAUGAAUAUUUUCAACAAUAUACAAAGUAUUUUAGUUUGAGAUCGUCUAUUAUAAAUGGACAAUAUGAACCAACGGAUGAUGAAUGUCGUUUAAUGACCGAUAGAACAAAUAAUAAUGAGAUUAGUAGUAAUAAUAUCUUUAUGGAUGAUGAACAACAACAACAAGAUAAUAUGAUUGCUCAAGAAAAUGAGGAGGAUAAAGAUAUUAGAGGAAUACCGUAUUUUUGGUUAACAACUUUAAAACAAGUACAAUUAAUUGGAGAAACAAUUGAAGAUUAUGAUGAACCAAUAUUAAAAUUUUUACAAGAUAUUAAAUUAAAAUUACAUAUUGGUGAAAUAACAGGUUUUACAUUAGAAUUUUAUUUUGAUAAUAUGAAUAAUUCAUAUUUUUCAAAUCAAAUAUUAACAAAAUUUUAUGAAUUACAAAUUAAACCUGAUAUUAAUAAUCAAGAUGAUUUACUCUAUUAUGAGGGAACAGCAAUUAUAAAAACAAUUGGUUGUUCUAUUAAUUGGUAUAAGACAAAAAAUGUCACAUUCAAUGAUAAAAAUGAAAAAAGAUCAUCAUUUUUUUGGUUUUUUUCGCCACCAACACAAAAUGAUAAUGAUUAUAUCAAUGAUGAUGAUUAUGCAUUAAAAUUAGCUACAGAUUUUGAAAUUGGACAUUUUAUAAGAGAAAAUAUUAUAGGAAAAGCAGUUUUAUAUUAUACGGGAGAGGCUCUCGAUGAUCAAUAUUUAGAUGAUCUUGAAACGAGUGAUGAAGAUAAUGGAAACGAAGGUGAUGAUCAACAAAGUGAUAAAAGUAGUGAACAACAAUCUAGAGGAGAGGAGAACAUUGUCAAAGAAGAAUUCAAAAAAUAA